AUGUACGGUAAGAUCAUCUUCUAUGAAGAAAAGAACUUCCAGGGUCGCUGUUAUGAGACCAGCAGUGACUGCGCUGACACAUCCUCCCACCUGAGCAGGUGUAGCUCCUGCAAGGUGGAGAGUGGCUGCUUUAUGGUCUACGACCGCCCCAACUACAUGGGUCAGCAGUAUUUCCUUAGAAGGGGCGAGUACUCAGACUACCAGAAUCUGAUGGGAUUUGGCAAUUGUAUCAUGUCAUGCCGUAUGAUCCCCAUGCACAAAGGGUCUUACAGAAUAAGGAUCUAUGAGAGGGAAAACUUCAGCGGUCAGAUGCAUGAGUUGAAUAAUGACUGCGACAACAUCAUGGACCGCUACCGCAUGUCCGACUGCCAGUCCUGCAAUGUGAUGGACGGCCACUGGCUGAUGUAUGAGCAGCCCCACUACAGAGGCAGGAUGAUGUACAUGAGGCCCGGGGAGUACAGGAGCUUCAAGGACCUGACAUACGACCGCAUGAGAUUCAGCUCCAUCCGAUGUAUAACUGACUCUUGUUAAUGCUAAAACAUUGAUCUGCAUUGAACUGCAUAAAUAAAAACUUCCAUUUUCUAUCAUGGCAUAAACAACUUUCAGUGUUGAUAACAAUAAUACAUUUGAUUUAAUUGUGAUGUAUAUUGUAUUAUUUG